AUGGACAUCUUAAGACAUUCCCUGGAGGUUCUGCAGCAAAGCGGCUAUCAGUUUGCGGUGUUAUUAAAGCAUCCCAAAGAAAGCUACGAAGAUAUACCGAGAUUUGAUGGACUAAUACUGUCUGAUAAUUUGGAUAGUGGUUUGCAGGAGCAAAUUAGAUUAUUGACUUUAAAAAUUACGACCGUUUACUCCCUUUCUCAAAAUUCGGGUAGUUCGACAGACACCAGUACGGGCUCAAUUCAGUCAAACCCACGAAUUACGGAAACCAUACCUCUUGUGACGCUAUGUGUUAGUACAUCUUCAUCUGCUGAAAAGUAUUUUAACUUAGCCUUUAGACUAUUGCGACAACUUCCAUGCAAGCAAAUCUCAAAAUGCUGGAUUAAGGUAAUUGAACCGAAGAAAAAGGCGCGCUACCCUUAUACACUUGGCGAAAAAUCGAAACCUACAUGGUGGCCUAAAGGCGUAGAGCACCGUGAACCUGAUCACCUACAAAAACCAGAUAGAUUGACUUUAAUGAUUACCAUUAUGUCCGUUGUGGCACCUCUUUGGUAUGAAAAUAACAAGGAAAUUUACAAAGAUAUGAGGGAUGCCACUCAUGCAUUGUUUAAAAAUGAUAAGGAGGGAUUCUUAAAGGACCUAAUUCUGGAAAACGUUUACAAAGUAUCACAUGCAAUUGCGGAGACUAAUCUGGGCAACAAAGUGGAUUUACAAGUUCUUGAUCUAAGUAAAAUAAAAUCAGCCAAGCAAUAUUCAGAAAUGAUUAAAAGGCGCCAGCAAAACCGUAUACAACCUAAUUUAUCUGUCAACAAACCUUCAAUAUCUGCACAUGAGUUAAGUUCAAAAGCUCGAAUAAAGCCGAGUAUUAAUUCCAAAUCUCAACCAAUUCCGGGCAUAGAGGAAACGGACGAAGACUCAUAUCAUGAUUCUGAAGAAACUAUUAGUUCACAACUAGCUUCCGAAUAUUAUGAUUCUAACGAAGAGGCAGGAGUUAUUUUAGAAAUGUAUAACCAGCUACAGGAUGUUAGGCAUGGGGAGAUGGACUAUAAUGAUGUCUUCGAGUCAUAUUUGGAAGAUGGUAUACACUCUUCUAAGGCACCCAGUAAGUCAAUGUUAUUAUAG